CACCGUCAGUCACUACGGCCGCCAUGUCGUUGUCGUCGGGUGAAAGGAAGAUCCCGACCUAUGCGACCGACGAUGUCCACGCUAUCGUGACCACAGCCGAUGGCGAAGUCGUGGAGAAUAGCGAUGCGCUUCAUCGUCGUUUGGAUAAUCGACAGAUUCAGUUGAUUGCCAUUGGUGGCUCCAUUGGCACGGCCAUCUUCGUCUCUAUUGGUGGUGCUCUUGCAAAGGGCGGACCCGGCUCUCUCUUCCUCGCAUACGCCAUUUAUGCCAUCUUUCUCGGUCUGGUCAAUAAUGGCAUUGCUGAAAUGACCAUCUUGUAUCCCGUCUCGGGUGGGUUCGUCCGUCUCGCAGGUCACUUUGUCGACGAGGCAUUUGGAUUCAUGGCGGGCUGGAACUUCUUCUUAUACGAGGCUUUGCUCAUUCCCUUUGAGAUUACGGCUUUGACUACGGUGCUGGGAUUCUGGUCUUCGGAUAUUCCAGCUUGGGCUGUUCCUGUCGCCUGUAUCAUUCUCUAUGGCUUGCUCAACUGUCUUGCAGUCAAGGCAUAUGGUGAAGCCGAGUUCUGGCUAUCAGGUGGCAAGGUUGUUUUGAUCUUUAUGCUCUUUGCCUUCACUUUCGUGACAAUGGUGGGCGGUAACCCCGAUCGUGACGCUUACGGUUUUCGCAACUGGAACUCCCCCAACGCUGUUGCCGAGUAUCGUUCCGAGGGCAGCCUUGGACGAUUUGAGGGAUUUCUCGCCUGUCUCUGGUCUGCAUCCUUCACUAUCGUUGGCCCCGAGUACGUCUCCAUGGUGGCAGCCGAGGCCAAGCGUCCACGCACCUACAUCAAGAGCGCUUUCAAGACCAUGUACAUCCGGUUUGCCAUUUUCUUCAUUGGCGGCGCCCUGGCUUGUGGUAUCGUUGUUGCCUAUACCGACCCGACUCUUGUGGGCAUCGUUUCUGGAAAGUCCAGCGGUGGCGGAACUGCCUCUGCCUCGCCAUACGUGAUCGCCAUGCAGAAUCUCAGGAUCAAUGGACUCCCUCACUUGGUCAACGCCUUGCUCUGCACUUCCAUCUUUUCUGCCGGUAACACGUACACAUACUGUGCGACACGUUCCUUGUACGGCAUGGCCCUCGAGGGUCGCGCACCAGCUUUCCUCCGCUACUGCACCAAAAAUGGUGUUCCACUGUUCGCCUUUGCCAUCACCAUGAUCUUUCCCUGUCUGUCUUUCUUGCAAGUCGGAAAUGGAUCUGCAAAAGUCCUGGGCUGGCUUAUCAAUCUGGUGACUGCGGGCGGUGUCAUCACCUACAUCGUGAUGAGCACGACCUUCAUAUUCUAUUACAAGGCAACCCAAGAGCAAGGCCUGGACAGGAAGAGCCUGCCAUACUACGGAUGGGGCCAGCCAUACUGCGCCUAUCUCGGACUGGCAUGGAUGAUUAUGAUUGUGACAUGCUACGGCUACACCUCGCUGAACCCAUUCGAUGUGGAGAACUUCUUCAUCUAUUACGCCAUGUUGAUUCUCGCACCCAUCACUUUUAUCUCGUGGAAACUCAUUCACAAGACCAAAUUUGUCAAGGCUAGCGAAGCGGAUCUCAUCUGGCAACGACCUACGAUUGAUGCAUACGAGGCUUCGUUUGUCGAUCCUCCCAAUGGCUUCUGGCGCGAGAUGAUUCAAUUGUGCAGCUUCGGUCGCAAGAAGUUCACAGAGGAUCGACGACGAGCGAGUGCUGUUGUCAUUGACGAAAGUGAAAAGGUAUAGGUGAAGGUGGGAAGUUGGGGGAAAGGGCUUGGAGAGAUGAUGGAGGCUUAGUACAUGUAUCCUACAAUUGUGAUGAUGACGAUGAUGAUGAUGAGA